AUGAAGCCCGUACUGAAGCCCACAAUGAAGCCCGUACAGAAGCCCUUACUGAAACCCGUAAUGAAGCCCGUAAUGAAGCUCGUACAGAAGCCCGUACUGAAACCCACAAUGAAGCCCGUACAGAAGCCUGUACUGAAGCCCGUACAGAAGCCCGUACUGAAGCCUGUACAGAAGCCCGUACUGAAGCCUGUACAGAAGCCCGUACUGAAGCCCGUACAGAAGCCCAUACUGAAGCCCGUACAGAAACCUGUACAGAAGCCCGUACUGAAGCUCGUACAGAAGCUCGUACUAAAGCCCGUACUGAAGCUCGUACAGAAGCUCGUACUAAAGCCCGUACUGAAGCCCGUACUGAAGCUCGUACAGAAGCCCGUACUGAAGCCCGUACAGAAGCCCACAAUGAAGCUCGUACUGAAGCCCGUACUGAAGCUCGUACUGAAGCCCGUACUGAAGCCCACAAUGAAGCCCGUACUGAAGCCCGUACUGAAGCCCUGUUCAUAA